CUUUAUAGUUCCUUUUUUUAUUUUAUAAUGUUUGAUCCUUUUUUAUUAAAUAUAAAGUUUUUUUCUUUAAAAAACUUUUUGAAAUUUUUGAUUUCCUUUUUGAUUUUUUAUGUAUUACAAUAUUAUAUUAGAUAUUUUAUAGGAAAAAGAAAUUCACUUCCCGGGCCAAUACCUUUACCAAUUAUAGGAAAUUUACAUCAAAUCGGAAUAAGAUUUAAUAAAUUUGCUAAUGAACAGACCAAAAAACAUGGAAAUUUCUGGGAAUUUUAUAUAGGAAAUCAAAGAAAUAUUGUUAUAUCACAACCAAGAUUAAUACAAGAAUUAUAUAAAGAAAAUAAUAAUUCAAUAAAUUAUUUUACAAAAUAUAAAGAUGUUAAAUUAGAUUUAGAUAAUAUUACUAUAAAUUAUGGUGCUAUAUUUAAUAAUGAUCAUGAAAAAUGGAAAAUUUAUAGAAGAGUUUUUGAAAAAUCUAUUUGUUCCAUAAAUUUUUUAAAAGGUUUAACAAAAUCUAUUCAAAAUAUUUUUAAUGAAGUAGAAUUAAAUUGGAAUAAUGAUAUUAUUUCAUUAGAUUUAUCAGUUUGGAGUAGACAUUUUUUAACAGAUAUUAUAUUAUCAACAUCAACAAAAGAAUCAUCAUAUUGUUUUAUGAAAGCAAUUAAUAAUAAUAAUAAUAAGGAUAAUGAUAAACGUAUUAGUAAAACACGAGAAAAGAUGAUCAAUUCUUUAAAUUUAUUUAAUUCAAUUGAAACUUAUUUUAAUUCAUUAAUUUAUUCCAAUUCAAUUCCUCAAUUGAUUAGAAAUUAUUUACCAGGAUUUAGAGGUUUAUCAGAAAAAUUUAGAAGAAAUAAUAAAUGGUUAUUUUAUAAUUUAUUAGAAAUUAUUAAACAAAGAAGAAAAGAAAUCGAUUUAAUGAGAGAAAAUGAACCUAUCAAUUCAACGGAUCUCUUGGAUAUUUUGUUAACAAUAAAUACUCCACGUGAUCCAAACGGGUUCGGAUUUGGAUUUGAUGAAUUUGAUAAUGAAAAAUCAAUGACUGAUCAUGAAAUUCUAGCAACUAUAUUAGAUAUUGAUAUUGGCGGCAGAGAUCCGACUGCUAGUACAUUUUGUUUUGCAGUUUAUAAUAUUUGCAAAAAUUCUGGAGUGUUACAGCGUUUACGUGAAGAAAUCUUUGAAGUAUUGGGCAACGAUUUUUUACGACCAAUAACAUUCGAAGAUUUAAAUAAAUUCCAAUACCUCGAAGCAAUAAUUAAAGAAACACAAAGAAUAAUCCCGUUAAAUCCAUUAAUAACACGUCAAACACAUGUUAAAACAGCACUUAAUGGACAUAUAAUUGAAAAAGAUACUCCGAUAUGGUUACACCAAGAAAAACUUCAUAAAGAUAAAAUUUCUUGGUAUGAACCAGAAAAAUUUAUUCCGGAUCGAUUUUAUAAUAGUAAUAAUAAUAAAGAAGAAAAUGAUAAAGAAAAAAAUAGUUUUAUACCUUGGUGUGAUGGUAUAAUUAGAAAUUGUCCAGGAAAAAAAUUGGCUAUAGUUAUAUUAAAAUGUUUAUUAAUAUUAUUAUUUAGAAAAUAUAAUGUUGAAUUAAUUGAUAAAAUUAGUCCUGCUAAAGUAGUAUAUUUUGGUACGAAUCGUUCUUUCGAUUUGAAAGUUAAUUUAAAAAAGAUAGAAAGUUUUUAUUAAUUUUUUUUUUU